UGCUGAGCACAACACCAUCCAUCCAUCUCAGAUAUCCACGAUAUCCACAACACCAUCCAACAUCCAUCCAUCCAUCCAUCACAUAUACCCACGAUAUCCACAAGACCAUCCAGGAUGUCCAAGAUGAUGAAGAUUAACCUGUAUGGGGAGGUGCCCUGUGGGACGUUCACUGAGAAGACAGAACACGUAGCAUUUGGAGCAGCACUGGGUCUUACUGAUGGAAAUCAUGGUCCCUUCAACGAGGACAAAACUGUGACGUACCCAGUUGUCUUCGCCAACGCUGGAGGAGCCUACAAUCCACAAACAGGUGUGUUCACCGCACCUGUGAAAGGUGUCUACUUCUUCACCUUCAGUGGCCAUAGUCUCACCUCAAAGGCCAUGGGCCUCCAGCUGAUGAAGAACGGCGAGCCGGUGGUGAUGAUCUACAACCACAUCGACGAACCUGGACGAUACAUCGCCGCAAGCAAUGCAAUGAAUCUGGAGCUAGAGAAAGGGGAUUCUGUGUACGUGAAGCUCUUGAAAAACACCUGGAUGGUUGAUAAUAAUAACAACCACAGCACUUUUGUUGGUCAAUUGCUGUUUGAGGAUCACACACAAAGAUAAAAAUCAGAUGUGCCCAUAAUUUGUCCUUACAACAAUUCAGGAAUUGUCAAUUAAAUGCUAGAUAUCAGAUGCUUGCAUGUAAUGCAGACUCUAUGGAAUGACCAUUCGGGUACUAUGUCAUUCUUUAACACAUUAACCUUUUUAAUCAGUUAGGCCUAUACAAUGUCAGUGUUGUGCAUUCUUUUUUCUGUUUGAAUCCUUUUCCUGACACUGUUUAUUGCCUUAAAUAUAAGUAAUAAAACAUCUU